AGGGCUGGAGGACAAUGAGGUGCAACUUGGGGGGGGGACAAAGAUUUGCUUCCCCCCCCCCCGAAUCCACAGACAAUGCAGAGGGGAGUGGAGAGAAGGAGAAAAGGGACUGGGGAGAGGCUUGAGAGCUGCUCCCUCCUACAAGGUGCAUCCUGGGGUGACCCAGUUGACGCCUGUCCCUCCUCCUCCCUCGCCAUGGCUGCAGAGGCACCGUCUGGAUCGUCUCUUCUUUGGGGUGGGUUGGAAAGAGCUGUCAGGUGGGCGCCAAAGGGUCUGUUGACUUUCCAGGCUCUCUUGAACUUUGAGGAGGUGGCUGUGUAUUUCACGGAGGAGGAAUGGGCCCUUCUGGAUCCUCGCCAAAGAGCUCUACACAGGGAAGUCAUGGAGGAGAAUUAUGAGAUGGUGGCCUCUCUCGAAUCGGACCUCUGUUGCUGUUGGGAAGAAGGAAAAGAAGAACAAGGACAAGAUCCCUUUUCCCAAGAUCCUGAAGAAGAGGGGAGAUUAGCAGAGAUUUCAAAAUCAAAUUCCACCUCUGUGCUGGAAGGACAAGAUCUAAUUGGAUGCUGCUCUGACGAAGCGGGGAGUUCCGCAGAUGAUUGGCAGAAGAAUGAGAAUUAUAGAGAACCAGAGAUGGUAAUAGCCAAGCACGAAGCACAAAAAGAGAUGUUUGGAAAUUAUGGUGGACCAAAAAAGUGUGAAAGAAACCAGUCGAAGAAGGGGAAUAAGAAAUCCUCUACUUCACAGACUGUGCAUGAAAGAACCCACACAAGGGAGAAACCAUUUAAAUGCAUGGAGUGUGGAAGGACCUUCAGUCAGAAAUGUCACCUUACUGUACAUUGCAGAACCCACACAGGAGAGAAACCUUUUAAAUGCAUGGAGUGUGGAAAGAGCUUCACUGACAAUGGUAGCCUUUCAGUACAUCAACGAACACACACAGGAGAGAAACCUUUUAAAUGCAUGGAGUGUGGGAAGAGCUUCAGUCAGAAAGGUUACCUUACUGUACAUUACAGAACACACACAGGGGAGAAACCAUUUAAAUGCACAGAAUGUGGGAAGGGUUUCAGAAUAAGCAGCAGGCUUUCUGAACAUCAGCUAACACACAGAGGGGAGAAACCAUUUAAAUGCAUGGAGUGUGGAAAGGGCUUCAGAAUGAGCAGCAGGCUUUCAGAACAUCAAAGAACCCACAGAGGGGAGAAACCAUUUAAGUGCAUGGAGUGUGGAAAGAGCUACAAUAAUAGUGGUAGCCUUUCUGUACAUCAAAGAACCCACACAGGGGAGAAACCAUUUAAAUGUGUCGAGUGUGGAAAGAGCUUCACUGUGAGCAGUCACCUUAUGAAGCAUCAUAGAACACACACAGGGGAGAAACCAUUUACAUGCAUAUUGUGUGGAAAGAGCUUCACUGACAGUAGUAGCCUUAAAGUACAUCAAUACACACACACAGGGGAGAAACCUUUUAAAUGCAUGGAAUGUGGAAAGAGCUUCAGUGUGAGUACUCAUCUUAUUAAACAUCAUGGCAUGCACACAGGGGAGAAACCAUUUAAAUGCUUGGAAUGUGGAAAGAGCUUCACUGUGAGCAGUCACCUUAUGAAACAUCAAAGAAUGCACACCGGGGAGAAACCAUAUAAAUGCAGGGAGUGUGGAAAGAGCUUCAGUGUGAGCAGUAGCCUUUCUGUACAUCACAGGACACACACAGGAGAGAAACCAUUUCAAUGCAUGGAAUGUGGAAAGAGCUUCAGUGUGAGCAGUGGCCUUAUUAGGCAUCAUGGAAUUCACACAGGGGAGAAACCAUUUAAAUGUGUGGAGUGUGGAAAGAGCUUCAUUGUGAGGGGGCGCCUUAUUAACCAUCAUAGAACGCACACAGGGGAGAAACCAUUUCAAUGCAUAUUGUGUGGAAAGACCUUUACUGGGAGUGGUAGCCUUAAAGUACAUCAAUACACACACACAGGGGAGAAACCAUUUCAAUGCAUGGAGUGUGGAAAGACCUUCACUGAGAAGAGUAAACUUACUGUACAUCACAGAUCACACACAGGGGAGAAACCAUUUCAAUGCAUGGAAUGUGGAAAGAGCUUUGCUGGGAAGAGUAAACUUACUUUACAUCACAGGACACACACAGGGGAGAAACCAUAUAAAUGCAUGGAGUGUGGAAAGAGCUUCGUGGAGAGCAGUAAACUUAUUUUACAUCAAAGAACCCAUGCAGGGGAGAAGCCAUUUACAUGGAGUAUGGAAAAGGCUUCAGUGUAAGCAGCAGCCUUACUGCAUAUGAAAGAACACAAAGGAGAGAAACCUUGGGCUUAGGGAAGCCCAUCUGAUGUCAACAGUCAUAGACACAACCUACCUGAAAGGUGAAAGAGACUGAACCCCUUCCUCAGAAUGAUCAGUACAGGACAUCUAUAGUGAAAGUCACAGUGCCUGGCCACCACAACCAGAUCAGACAUAGCCACAGCAGUAGGAAUACUGUGUAGGAGAAUCAUUUCACCUACAAAGAGAGACUGGUGUGUAGUGGCCAGAUAUUUAAAAGAAAUUGCAUAUCUGAAAACAAAUUACAGGCCACCAACAGUUCCCCACCAGUUGCUUAUGCAGAUACAAACUGGGCUGGACACUGAGCAGAUUGCAAAUCCACCAGCAGAAACCUGUUCUCUGGAGAUGCAGCACUUGGUUAGAUUAGCAAGAAGCAAUCAACAAUAGCGGCCUCAUCCACUGAAGCAUAGUAUGUAUCAGCUGCCCUAACAUGCCAGACACUAGCAUGGCUAUUUUGAGCUGCUGAAAGCUUUAAGAUGGUGCCAGGCAAGAAGACUUUGUCUAAAAAUGUUUGUGAAGUUUUUUCUCUGCCUCUCUGGGCUCCUCCUGGGAGGAAGAGUGGAAUAUAAAUUUAAUAGUAACUAAAGACUUCUAGAAAAAAUCUUAACUCUUGCUAUCCAGGCGAGAUGAAGAAAAAUUGUUCCAUCCACCAAGAUCCAUUUAAGUCUUCCCACCUGUAACCAGAACCCAGGAAGAGAGGUGGAAGAUAGGGAGUAGAGGGUACGAAUCAAAAGGCAGGGAAAGGAGAUUGGGGAUAGGAAGGGGGUCAGAUUCAACCCAAAGGGUGUAGGUGGAGGAUCAGUGCAAAGUACAUAAGACAGUAAGUAGAGCCACUGCUGGUUCACGCUAAUGGCUCAUCUAGUCCAGCCUCCUGUUCUCACAGUGGCCAAGUAGGUCCCUAUGGGAGCCUUCAUGGCUAGUAGCCAUUGAUAGCCUUAUCCUCUCUGAAUUUGUCUAAUCUUCUAAAGCAAUCCAUCACUUUUUCUCGUGGGAGCGAAUUCCUUAGUUUAACUAUGUGCUGUAUGAAGAAGGCCUUUUGAUUGUCUGUCCUGAAUCUUCCAACAUCCAGCUUCAUUGAAUGUCCAAGAGUUCUAGUGUGAUGAGAGACGGAGAAAAACUUAGUUCACCUUUUUCAUUCCAUGCAUCAUUUCAUGAUGCCUCCGACUCGCCUUUUCUGUAAACUAAAAACCCCCAGAUGCCGCAACCUUCAUAGGGGAGUCGCUUUAUCAUUCUGGUUUCCUUUUUCUGAACCUUUUCCAACUCUACAAUAUCCUUUUUGAGGUGAGGUAAUCAGAGCUGUAUACAAUAUUCAAAAUGCACCUGCUCCAUAGAUUUAUAGAACAGCAUUAUGACAUCAGCAGUUUUUUUUUCCAGUACCUUUCCUAAUGAUCCCUAGCAUGGAAUUUCCAUUUUUCACAGCUGCUGCACAUUGGGUUGACAUCUUGAUUGAGCUAUCCACUACAACCCCACGAUCUUGUUCCUGAUGAGUCACCACCAGUUCAGACCCCAAGAGCGUUCUUUGAGAACUCUUGGUGGAUGCUGGAGUUUGUGUUCAUUUUUAUUCUCCUCAUUCUGACAAGACUUCCAUUUUUUGAAGGGAGAAUUCUUGCCUCUAAUAGCUUCUUUGACUCCACUCAUUAACCAUGCCGGCAUCUUACUGACCCUUAUGCUACCUUUUCUCAUUUGCAGUAUACACUCCAGUUGAGCUUCUAAUAUUAUGGCUUUAAACCACUCCCAAGCAUUUUGGAGUGAUUUGACCUUUUCUUUGUGACAAUCCUCCCAUUUUAGGGGAGUUUCCUCUUUUGAAGUUAAAUCUGACUGUGUUGGAUUUUCUUGGCAAUUGGCCCUUUGUAUCUAUGUUUAAUUUAAUAGCCCUAUGAUCACUUCUCCCAAACGGUUCAACAACACAUUUCAUACCAGAUUCUGUGUGCCUCUUAAGAUUAAGUCUGGGGUCACUGUCCCUCUGGUCAGUUCCACAACCAAACAAGGUAUCUAGAAAUUUUAUCUGUUUGUCAUGACUGGAAUACAUAUGUAGGCAGUCUAUGUCAGGAUAGUUGAAGUCACCCAUUAUUAAAGUAUUUCCUAGUUUGGAUGCUUCCUUGAUUUCACUUUCAUCUCAAAUUCUCCCUCACCAUUUUGGUCAGGGGGAUGAUGGAAUGUCGCUAGGAAUAAAUUACUCUUGGGGCCCAACAUCAGCACCCACAACAAUUCUGUAGAGGUGUCUGCCUCUUUAGGGUUUCUAGCUGGCUGAAUUUUGCAGUAUUGAGAGAGAGGUAUGAGCAGGAUAUUGAACAAAGGAUAUCAGUAAAUGCAUGGGGAUGUUUGUAGGAGAAGCAGCUGAUUAAAUCAAUUUCUGCAGCAGUCAGGGAAUGUUCUCUGAAACGGAUUUAUAGGUGGUAUUGGACCCCAUUAUGUUUAGCAUUUAUUAUUCAGUCAAUGAGUGCCUACUGCUGGAGGGAGUGUGAGCAAAUCAAUGUUUUAUUCACAUGUGUCGGGAAUACCCAAAUAUUGGAAGCUGAUUUUUCAUGAAAUAGAAGAUGAUUAUGAUUAUUAUUCAUUACAUAUGUAUACUGCCCCAUAGCCGAAGCUGUCUGGGCGGUUCACAACUAUUUUCCAUAAAGCAACGUGUGCAGCUAGGCCUGCAUUUGGCUGUUCUUAAUAUGUGGUAAGGGCUAAUGAAGAUUUAGCAAGCAAAUCUGUUAUUUCUUUUAUACUGUUGGCUGCACGCAUGGAAAUCACAAGGAGCUGGAAGUUAGCAGAUAAACUUUUUUUAAAAAAAAUUGGCUUUCCAGACUUUGGGAUAUCGCAUUAGCUGAGAAACUCACUUUCAAUAUAAAGUUCACUAAAGGGACAUUAGACGCAUUACAGUAGUAUGUUACAUGGAGUUCUCUUAUAGACUGUUUCAGUAUUAAUGGGCAUAAGACACCUUUGUCCUGUACAUUCCUAAAUUUAUGAGAUGAGGGGUAAAAUUAUUCUCUUUAAUUAAGGCUAUAUGGAUGAGGUUAAUAAUUUUUCUUUAUAUAUUUUGUGUGACACUUUUCUUCAUGUAUAAAAAGAUUGAUGUAUGCAGUUGAUGACCCGGGGGAAGGGAGGAGGGUAUGAUUAGUUAUUGUGUAUUUGAUGUCAUACGAUUAACAAAACUAAAACUAAAAGCAAAUCCUGCAUUGGUCUUGCAGAUGUUUCAUUGUAUCUGGGAUAACCAGGGAAAAGGCAAUUAGGUUUGGGGAAGAAGUUGUGCUUGUUUGUUCUGUUAGUCCUUAUUUUAUGAAUAAACCCUGUUAACAAUCA